AUGCCGCACCGUCCGGCUACAAACUUGUUCCUCUGGAAAGUCACUGACGGCACAUAUCUCUCCGGACUUAGCGAUUUUCGAGCCCUGUUCUCCACUGGUAUCCUUAAGAUUCAAAUUCUGGAUAUCAACUCGGACUUGGUUCAAGCAACACGACGACACAAAUCCGGUGAACCGUCGCAACCGUCGCAACUACGAUCAGACCUCUCCAUGCUCCCGGGCGCAGAUUUCACCGAUGCAAAAACGUGGGAUCAAGUCAGCCGCUUUCUCAUCAUAGCAUACACGGAUAAAGUUAUCCAUGUCAAAACGGGAGAUGUUUUCAUGGUCAUACUGGGGACAAUCAAGAUCACACCGAGACCCGCAAUACCUCACGAUGUCCAUCGGGCCGAUGAUGUCCUUGUGAAAGAGAGCCACAGCAAGCCCACGCUUGCCAUGGAUCAGGCAGCCGUUCUUGCGGUGGAGAACCAGGCGGACGGUAGUAAUGUCUCGUGA